UCUCCCCGGCUAGAUUGCAGAGAUGCCGCCGCGGAUGCAUGCAUGAUAUACGCAGCGCUAGCUCCUCAUUCCCUUCUGAUCCGCUCCGUGAUUUUUUCCCCUCCGCCGCGCGCGCGGCCGCCCGUCCAGCGUCGCCAAGAGCCAGCGCCCCAGCCCCCCCAGAGCGGAGCCGAGCAUCCGGUCCUAUCGGCGGCCGGCGUGGCAGCGGCCUCAUCGCCUACUCCUACGCCGCAGGGGAACUGAAGAGCCGGUUAAUGAGCAACCGCCGACUCCAACUCGCGCCGCUGUUGGAGGAGUAUAAGCAAAGCCACGCCUCCACGUCCCGUCCAUCCAUCGCCACUCCUACCUAGCUAGCUCCUGGAUCGAUCCAUCCCCGUAACCUUCCAUUCCGUUCUCUAGUUUGCUGGGCGUCUGAUCUAUCUUCGGCCGCCGGAGCCCCUUGAUCUCUCCAUCCCCGAUCAUCUUUUCCGUGUUCUCGCGCGCAUUGUACCCCGCGCGUGCUUCUCUGAUCGAUCCCGAGAGCUGUUUGAUCCUAUCCUACGGCGGCAGGGCGGCAUGGAUCAUCAGGACCACCUGAGCCCCACCCCGAGCGCGCGCGCCGCCGCCGGCGGCGGGUCCGGCAUCCGCUGGGAGCCGCACGGGCGGGUGCUGACGGCGUGCCUGGUCGCGCUCAACGUCUUCCUCGUCCUCCUCGUCUACGUCUACUUCUGGCGCUUCUUCUCCCGCUCGCGCGGCGGCGGGGACGCCGAGGCGGCGACCUCCUCCGCGGCCUCGUCGCCGCCGGCGUCGCCCAAGGCCCGGGACCGCCGGGAGGUGGAGCGCGCCAUCACCGCGCUGCCCGUCUUCGUCGCGCACUCCUCCGGCGGCAGCGCGGAGUGCGCGAUCUGCAUCGCGGAGCUGGCGGACGGCGAGGAGGGCCGGCUGCUGCCGCGGUGCGGGCACCGGUUCCACGCGCGCUGCGUCGACGCGUGGUUCCUUUUCCACACCACCUGCCCGCUCUGCCGCGCCACCGUCCUCGUCGCAGACGACGAUGCCGCCCCGCCCGCUGCGGCGCCAGCGGAGCCUGCUGCCACGACGACGAGCCAGCCGUCGCGUCAUGAGGACAGUACGGAUCGCCCGAGAACGGACGCGGAUUCGGAUUCUCCGGUGUGACAACCGGCCGCCAGCGAUCAGUUUUUGAGGCUGUCCGUGGAUUCGGAGAAAGGACAGGGCGACAGGCUGCUGAUGCAAGCAGCACCUCAUCAGUUCAUGCUUGUUUUUGGUUGGAUCGAUCGAGACAUUUCGCUUUAGCUUCUUCAAUUCGUUCCUUCUUCUUCCCCACCUCGGUAGUCUGUAGUACGCCAGUACGUGCUAGCUGGCAUUUUCAUGGUGUGUAUACAGUGUGAGCUAAUAGCUCUAGGUGUAAAUGCAUGCAGGGUACAAGUUGGACCCGUCUUGGCUAUGCAAGUACAGUAUGUGGCAGCUGUUACAGUAGAGAUACAUUGAACUCCGUUCAGCUCCGCGGGGCUAAAAUUUAACCAUAUCAAAUUAAAUAAAAUCUUUUUAUUUAAAAGUA